CCUCCGUCCUCACGACCACUACUUCAACACCCUCCUCCGCCCAUCUCACCCACUGUCCCUCCGCUGCCAGCCCAGCUCCUCGACCCGCUCCCGACACCCUCGACACCCUCCCGUGACGCACCACCAUGGCGGAGAUUCGUCGAAAGCUCGUCAUUGUCGGCGACGGCGCCUGCGGAAAGACCUGUCUGCUCAUUGUUUUCUCCAAGGGCACCUUCCCCGAGGUGUACGUCCCCACUGUCUUCGAGAACUACGUCGCCGACGUCGAGGUCGAUGGGAAACACGUCGAGCUCGCCCUCUGGGAUACGGCAGGCCAGGAAGAUUACGACCGUCUGCGCCCGCUCUCCUACCCCGACUCGCACGUUAUCCUGAUCUGUUUCGCCAUCGACUCGCCCGAUUCGCUCGACAACGUUCAGGAGAAGUGGAUUUCCGAGGUCCUGCACUUCUGCCAGGGCCUGCCCAUUAUCCUCGUUGGCUGCAAGAAGGAUCUGCGCUAUGACCAGAAGACCAUUGAGGAGCUGCACAAGACCUCGCAGAAGCCUGUGACUCCCGAGCAGGCCGAGGACGUCCGCAAGAAGAUUGGCGCCCAAAAGUAUCUCGAGUGCUCUGCGAAGACGAACGAGGGCGUGCGGGAGGUAUUCGAACACGCUACCCGGGCCGCCCUGACCACCCGGAAGGACAAGAAGAAGAGGAGUUGUGUGAUCAUGUAAGGUCUCACUUUGCAGCUAAGUCGGUGGCCGCCGCAGCCUCGCCCUUCGGCGCCUGCGCAACGACAAGCUCUGUGGCGGUCCGUGUAUUCAUGGUGGUUUAUUCGACGGCACAUGUGAAUGGAGGGGGUUCGUGGGAGAAGGCGAAUCGACCUACCCUUGGCUAGUUACAGCCUUUUCCACGGCACCUACGAGGCGUUAUUGCGCUGGAUCUUUUGAGCACAUCACCUUGGGGUAGUU